GUUUUGACUGACGUUGUUUUAACGAAAAACCAAAAUGUACAAAUUACCUAGUCAAACUUCUUUUUUUUUUGUAAGUAAACAAAUCGCCAAUAAAAUUACCAGACCAGCAAGUUUUACGUUAGUUGGUCGUAGGUCGUAUGCUGCAACUUCUACUGACAAGGAGUUCGAUACUGUUGUAAUUGGCGGUGGCCCAGGAGGUUAUGUGGCUGCUAUUAAAGCUGCUCAGCUGGGUUUAAAGACUGCGUGCAUUGAAAAAAGAGGAACACUUGGUGGAACCUGUUUAAAUAUUGGAUGUAUUCCUUCUAAGGCAUUGUUGAACAAUUCCCAUAUUUAUCAUCAAACAAAACAUGAAUUAAAAGAUAGAGGAAUCGAUGUUUCGGAUGUGAAACUGAACUUGGCCGCAAUGAUGAAGGCCAAGGAAAAAGCCGUUACAGGACUUACUCGGGGAAUUGAAGGAUUAUUUAAAAAGAAUAAGGUUACUUAUGUUAAGGGACAUGGAAAAUUAAUUGGGUUAAACGAAAUUGAAGUAGAUGGAUUAGAUGGAAAUAAAACUACAUUAAAGGCGAAAAAUAUUAUAAUUGCAACUGGAUCAGAGCCAACGCCAUUUAAAGGUUUAGAGGUUGACGAAAAACAAAUAGUUACAUCUACGGGAGCUCUUUCUUUAGAAAAAGUACCCAAAAAAAUGUUAGUUAUAGGUGGUGGAAUUAUUGGUCUCGAGUUAGGAUCAGUGUGGCAUCGUCUAGGCGCUGAUGUGACAGUUGUAGAGUAUCUUGGAUCUAUUGGUGCUGGAAUGGAUGGAGAAUCGGCCAAGUCUUUUUUUAGAAUACUUCAAAAACAGGGGUUAAAAUUCAAAUUGAAUACAAAGGUCAUUGAUGCCUCCAAAAAGGAAGACAAAGUAUAUGUAAAUGUUGAAUCUGCUAAAGGAGGAGAUAAAGAAACUUUGGAAGCCGAUGUCGUUCUUGUGUCGAUUGGACGACGUCCUUACACAGAAAAUCUCGGGUUGGAGAAUGUAGGCAUAGAUGUUGACGAACGGGGUAGAAUCAAAAUCGAUUCUCAAUUCCAAACCAACAAACCUCACAUUUUUUGUAUUGGUGAUGUUACAUAUGGUGCAAUGUUAGCACAUAAAGCGGAAGAAGAAGGUAUUGCUGCUGUCGAAACUAUUAAGGUUGGAUAUGGACAUGUAAAUUAUGAUGCUAUACCAUCUGUAAUAUAUACUCAUCCUGAAGUCGCAUGGUGCGGUAAGACUGAGGAAGCAGUGAAAGAAACCAAAAAACCAUAUCGUGUUGGUACCUUUCCAUUUGCAGCAAAUUCUCGUGCUCGCACUAAUGAUGACUCGGAUGGAUUCGUCAAAAUUAUUUCCGACUCUGAAACUGAUCAAGUUCUUGGAGUUCAUAUCAUUGGACCUAACGCUGGAGAAAUGAUUGGUGAAGCGGUUUUGGCCAUGGAAUAUGGUGCAAGCAGUGAAGACAUUGCUAGAACUUGCCACGCUCAUCCGGUGAGUUUUUAUUAUCUCGAAAAAUGAUAUUUAACCUAACUUCUGAUUCUUACGAUUCUUUCAACUUCCUUAGACAUUAUCUGAGGCUUUAAAGG